AUUGCAAGAAACUGCCAUGACAUCGCUGGAAGCAAUGGAUCAGGAGGAGAAUGAAAAAGUUGUGGAUAAGUUGAGCAAAAUGAAGCCCAAUGAGUGGUCGUCGGUACUGGAUGGUCUCUUUGAGGGCGUGUCUUUCAGGCCGGUGCAAGGGUCGGUGGAACCUUAUUCAGUGGAACCUUACACAGUAACAUCUCUUCUGGCAAAGAUGAGCGAUGAAGGUGCCAGCGAGCCCCGCAAAGACGCGGCAGGCCGCAGACGAAAGCAAGGCCUGGAGAAGCGGCCCACAGAGAAGCCACAAGAGGAUGAUCGGCCACUGGAGGACCUUUUGCGGGACCUUGGGGAGAUAGCCGACGGCCCAGGUCCGAAGCAAAAAAAGAAAGGCGCCAAAAAGGCGUUGCCUCCGAAGCAGGAAGCAGCAGCUGUGGAAGUGGUGGAAGUUGCGACUGCAGCCAAGAGAAGGGCUCGGGUUCGUGAAGUUCCUGAGGUGGCCGAGACGGUCGAUGCUGAUCCACACACCGAAGAAGAGGUCACUCCCGUGGCCAGUGAGGUGGCGGAAGAUGGCUGGCAACAGGUGCCAACGAAGCAAGCUCGGCGUGCUGCUCACAAGGCUGCCAAAGAAGAACGUGAGCAGCGAGAGCAGCGCGCUGCAGCAGCCCAGCGGGAGCAAGAGAGCGUCCAGCGUGAUGCUGUGAUGGCUAUGGAAACGGCCUCCAAGGAGUCCGAGAGUUGUAACUCUGAGAGUGGCUUUGCGCAGACUACGAAGAUGGUGGAUGCUCCCUCGGCCGAUGCUGAAACCACGGAGGCACCAUCGAGUGUGCGUUCAAAGCAGGCCGCCGACACAGAGGAGGCAGCCGUGGAGGCCGGUGAGACCGCCGCGCCAACGAAUGAAGACCGGCAGGUGAUAGCGUCAGCAACGUGCGGACGGCGCCGCUCGAGAUCGGAAGGGCCCCCACCACUGGACAAGGCCGAGCCCGAAGAGGUUCCAGAAGUGAACCAGGCUGCCUCCCCCAGUAGUUGGCAGGUCCAGCCUUCAGUGGGGACCUGGUUGCUUCCUUCCGACGGCCGCCAGGGCUCCCCGGUGGGACAACUGUGGCCAGCAACCCCGGAGUCGACCCCUCCGACCUCACCACGCAGAAUGAGCGGCAUGGCAGAGGUGGUUUGGAUGCCGAUCCCAGUGCAUCUGGCGGGGGAAGUGCAACAGCUGAUCAACGCCAGGAUGGUGCAGAUGACGUCCAGCUGUUGGUGACUUCAGGUGAGAUAUUUCAUAAGCUGUGCAGAUGUGAAGACGUUGCAGGAUUCGCCAAAGGAUUUACCAACCGGUCAGGGCCGAUCAGCUUUGGCUGUGUGGUCAUGGCAUUCAUGGCAUCACCCUGAAGUAACA